AGUAAACAUGGCGUAUCGCGGUGUAAAGGGCUCUGAUCCAUUUGUUUCAAAAACAUCGCGAAAUGAAAGAUUCGCGCAAAUGUCAAAACAAGAACAAAUUAUUCAGCAAAAGAAACUCGAGAUCCAAGCAAAACUUGAAGAACAACAAGCUAAGCAAGCCAUAGAAAGUGCAAAAAAGGCAACUUCGUCUGCUUCCUCGACGGCAAGCAGCAAGACUAAUUCUUCAAUCAAGAAGGAGGAUGAGAAGCCAACUAUCUCUGCUGCGACCGUUAAUUUAUUUGCCAACGACGGUAGCUUUCUGGAUCAAUUUAAAAAGAUAUCAAACAACAAGGUCCCGGUUAAACAAGAAACGCCUCAAAUAAAGACUGAAGAGAAAAAAGAAGAACGCAAAGAGGAGCGGAAAGAAGAAAAGGAAGAGAAACCCUACGAGAAUUCUCGAGACAGAGAGAGAAGAUGGAACAACGAAAAGAGUAGAGAUUGGGAAAACCGAAGGGACAGGCGAAGAAAUGAUUCUCGUUGGGGAAGAAAUACAGACAGACGACACAGUUCUUCCUCUAGUCCUUCACCAACGAGACACAGAUCUCCUAAUCCAGAUUCGAGACACAAUUACCACCAAUCUAGUCCUCGUUCACACUAUAAUCAAUUCCAGUCCAAUUCAAAUCCGACUGCAAACAUUCCUCCCCUAAUGUCCCAGCCAAUAAUGCCGCUGACGAACCUCCCCCCUCCAAAUAUGAGAAACAUGGCUCCGAAUCUCCCUCCUCCGAGUAUGCAAAGGAUGUCAAUGUCCCAGAAGUCGAAUAACAAUUACCCCAAUAUGGAGAAUCAUCCUAAUUCUAGGAUGUCCCACCCUCCUCCUGCCCCUCCUCAGCAUAUCAUUAGACCACCACCUCAGAUGCAGAAUAUGCCUCCGAAUACAAAUGUACCUCCUCCGAGAAUGCAAAUGUCUCAGAAUGUUCCUAAUAUGCAAGGCAUGCCUCCUUCCUCUAAUCAACAUAUUAUUCGGCCACCUCAGCAAUGCAAUAUUCCACCGCCGAAUAAUUUGCAACCGCCGAACAUUCCUCCACCGAAUCUUCCUCCUCCUAAUUUAUUGCCCCCGAUGUCUCGAAUGCCUCCGAAUAUGAUGCCAAUGAAUUCCACGCAGACGAUUGUUGUCACUGUAGCGAAUGUUACGAACGUACCGCCUCCAAAUGUGAUGCCCCAGAUGAUCAUGUCAGCUCCACCACCUGUUCACACGGUGCCUUCGACGAUAAAUUCCAUUCCACCUCCGAAUUUAAACGUCCCUCCGCCGAAUGUUCCACCUUCUAUCAUUCAAAGUGCACCUCCUCCCCCGCCACCACCUCCUCCCCACCUUUUGCAGACAUCGUAUCCGCUACCAAACCAGGUGCCUCUCAGUAUUGGACCACCUAAUGUUCAGAUUCCACCGCCGACGAGACCUUCUGGACAACCUUCGGAUUUAGUUUGUCCCGUAGAAGCAGAACAACUAGCAAAAAUUGUGGCUGACUGUGGCGAUGAAAUAGAACAAGAAGUUCGAGAGAAGAAUGCCCAAGAUCCUAAACUAUGGUUUCUGCACCAAAAGCAAAGUGCAGCGUAUCUGCAGUACAGGGGAUUGGUGGCAAAAUUUCGAGCCGAGAAAGAGAGCAAAAACAGCAGUGGAGCAGAACUUUAUUGCCCGGAGGACGCUCUCAGUGACAAUGACGAUGGUGACAAAUGUCAAAGAUAUUCUUCUCAGAAUGAUCGCUUCAGAGAAGAAAGUAAAGAAGAGCGUAAAAGAAAAAGGCGCAGUCGAUGGGGCGAUCCAGAUAAUAAUAUUUCUAUCCCUUGGGUGAAUGAUACGCCAGGACAACUUAAUCAAUCCGGAAUUGUAUUACCGAGUCAAGUCGGUCAGAAUCCUGUAUUAAAUCCUGUAGUUAAAAUGCCACAACCAAAGGGAAAGAAUCCAAUGUUGACUACAAUAUCGAGGACCGAUCCAGCCUUGAUUCAAUAUGCAAGGCAAACUUAUGGGACCUUGGACCUCAGUGAGGAACAGUGGAAAAAAGCUGAAGAUCAUUUUAAGAUCAAUCUUUUAUACCAAAACCUGUUGAAAAAACGCGAGGAAGUGAAGCGCUUAGAAGCGCAAGGAAAACACAAAUAUGAAUACGACAGUGACGAAGAAACAGAGGGAGGAACUUGGGAGCAUAAAAUACGCUCAGCGGAAAUGGAAGCUACGCAAAUUUGGGCUGAUGAAUUAACUGCUCAGGCCGAGGGUAAACACCACAUUGGUGAUUUUUUACCUCCGGAUGAAUUAACAAAGUUCAUGGAACAGUACAGCGCCCUUAAGCAGGGAAAAGAACCCGACCUUAGCGAUUAUAAGGAAUACAAGUUAAAAGAGGAUAAUAUAGGGUUUCAAAUGUUGCAAAAACUUGGAUGGAGUGAGGGACAAGGUCUCGGUAGCGAAGGUGGCGGUCGUGUUGAACCUGUAAAUAAAGCAACUAAUAGACUCGACAGUGCGGGACUUGGAUCAGAAAGACCAGAUGGAAUUUCAAGAGACGAUGAUGAAUUUGACGCUUACCGGAAAAGAAUGAUGCUUGCUUAUAGAUUUAGACCAAAUCCUCUCAACAAUCCAAGAAGACCAUACUAUUGAGAAAUACUGAGAGCAUAAUCACAACUCAAAAUUACAUAAUUUUCUAUCAGUGUGAGAGAAAUCAGCGUUAUUUUAUAUAUGUAAUUAUGUAUGGUAAAUUAACUAAUGUAAUAUCUUAAAUUGUUGACGUAAGGAGAGAUAAAUUGUUGAAUAUAAAAACAUUCGUAUUUCUUUCGCUUGUUUUGUCCAGUUCAAGAGAUUGUAGAAUCUUCGUGCAUCAUUUUAAAUUUGAAAGAUGUAUUUUUUAAGAAUUUUGCUUAUCGAGAUAAUCGAUUUUUGGUAAAAUG